UGUAAAGGUAGUUUUUAAUUUUAUAAAGACUAUUCGAUUUCUGUAAUUUACUCCUUUCCGAAUUUAUCUGUCGUUUUAUCUUGAUUCGGUACUGGAAUUUCAUGUAUGCCUUGGUGUUCAACUAAACAUUUGACAGUUCUGGAAAGAUACUUCACGCAGUUCUACCAAAUCUUUCUAUCAACGCCAAACUUGAAUAUAUUUAAGGGCGCACGCGGUAUGCGUGAUCAAGCUUACCAGAUCUGCCGGGACUACCUCAGCGGAUCCUGGAAGAGCAUCUCCAGCAACGACAUGGUCUUUCGAUCCAUCAGUGGAGGCAUGAGCAACCUGCUGUACUACUGUUCCUUGCCCGAGACGCACACACCCUUGGUGGGCGAGCCACGUCAGGUGCUGAUGCGUAUGUACGGCCAGAUCCACGAGGGCGCCGAGGCCAAAGUCACCGAGAGCGUCAUCUUCAUGAUGCUGUCUGAGAGGAAGCUUGGCCCUAAGCUCUACGGCAUCUUUCCCGGUGGGAGGCUGGAGGAAUACAUACCGGCCCGUGCCUUGAUCUGUGACGAAUUAAAAGACCCUGAAUUAUCUGCAACCAUCGCAAGGAAGCUCGCCAAAGUGCAUACCUUAAAUGUUCCCAUCAACAAGGAGCCUACCUGGUUAUUUGAGAAGAUGGAGAAUUGGGUGAAAUUUGCAAAGAAUGAUGUUCGAAUAGAAUGUAUCAAAGAUGACGUGCGGGUGCUCGCUUCCCAAUUGCUUUCGCAGGACUUUGAGGGAGAAUUUAGUUGGUUGAAAUCAGUGUUAACCAAAGUUAAAUCUCCAGUUCUGUUCUGCCACAAUGACUUACAAGAAGGGAACAUUCUUGUCCCAGAGAGAGCAGAUUCUGGUGAAGACAAGAUUGUUUUCAUCGACUUUGAAUACUGCAGUUAUAAUUUUAGGGGUUUUGACUUAGCAAACCAUUUUUGUGAAUGGUGCUUCGACUAUUCUCUUCCAGAAUACCCUCACUUCCUGUCUAAACCUUCUGAAUAUCCAUCUGUUGAUCAACAGCUGAACUUCAUUCGAUCAUACCUGCAGAACCUGGAUGACAAGUCAGAGGACGUGGACUGUGAAGAGCAUAUUUUGAAAGAAGUAUCCCUGUUCAUCCUUGCCUCCCAUUUCCUAUGGACGCUCUGGAGUGUGGUCAAUGCUCAAAACUCCCAAAUUGAAUUUGGUUAUUGGGAAUAUGGCAAGGCAAGAUGGGAUGAGUACAUGAAGCACAAAACCGAACUCUUGAAAGAAGACGGGCUUAUCAGGUUACUGGGCAGCAUAGACGCCUGAGCAUAUCUCCCCCACAUGAUAGAGAGGGAAGACAUAUUUUUGCACCUUUGUGUACAUAGAAACAAAUCCUAUAUUCCAGAGUUUUAUAUACAGAGAAUGAGUUUUGUACUUAAAAAUACUCUUGCUUUUUUCCAAAAACUCUUUGAUGAUUUUGGCGAAAUUUUUGUACAUCUUCAUCAAAUAAUCGAAUGCCAUCAACAAAUGAGAGAAGAUUUGAAAUGUUACAAAGUGCAAAAGGCGUGUGGUUUUAAUCACACAGAAAUGGGGAACAAAUAUUUCAGGGAUGCCUAAUAAGGCGGUUUUCUGAUUCAAACAGGCAAGCAUUUCAUGUUUUUAUUUUGAAAAGGAAAAUGGUAAUAAGAAAGAAAAUAUUUCUAGCUCAGGAUUCAUGAAUUCAUUCAUAAUGUAUCCUCUUUGGGAGAGUUUUAUAAGGGGAAAAACUGAUGUUUCAACAAUUACUUAUUUGUUAUUAAUACAGUCGUGCCUGUUUAUAGCAAAGCUAUAUAUAUAACAAAUUGAUGGCUAUGAGAUAAUAGCCAGACCCUUCAUUUCAAACAUUUCCAGGGGAGGGGACAAAGGGUUUUUAUUCAAUACAUUUUAUUGUCAAAAAACAAAAAAAUAGGUAUAAAGAAGCAUAAGUAAAUGAUGUUCCUGAAAUCCAGGGGGUCAAUUUACCCCUCCUAAUCAUUCAGCUGAUGGGCCUAGUAAUAGUUUAAAUUCUCUUACAUAUUUUGAUGCAUAUUUAUUUAACUUUUUACAACAAAAUCAUGGUUAUAAUGUCAGUUUUAUUUGGUCCCUUUGGCUUUGCUAUAAACUGCAAGAUUGUAAUAAUUAAUUCUGAAAUAUUUUUAGAAAUAAUAGGGAUAAAAUUUUCUUUAAAAAUAAAUGUGAUGCUUUUGGAAGCUGUGAACUCUCUGAAUUCUGUUUAGAGAAAAGGCAAAUGCAUGACUUGAAAACUCAUUUAAAAUUGUUCAUAUCUAUAAUUAAUACCACUCAUUUUAGAAUAUACUUCUGCAAUUUCCUUUUCAAACUAAGAUACAAAAAGGCCACCUGACUAUUCGAGGACAUCUGCAAUUGUCACUUGAUGGGCAAUGCCAAGUGAUGAAAUGUCUCAUAAGUAAAACACACGCAUAUUCUUUUGCCUGUUGAGUAGUUUUAGUGUUUUUAUUCCCACUUUUUCAUGUUUUUACAUAAAUGGUGGGUGGUGGUGUUGUUAAACUUUGGAAAAAGUACUUACUUUGCAUACUUAUAUUAUAUUUGGGACUACUAUAACCAUUAUUUCUUGUAUUUGAUUUUGGUAGGGAGAGAUCAUUCUGUUGUUUUAUUUUUACUAUUUGUCUAAAGUGCAUGAAGAAAACAAUUUACAUUGAUAAUAUUGUUAGCACUUGCAAAGAGUAUUUUCUUUCUUGAAUAUGAGAAUAGAAAUGCUACUACCUGCAAACUCUCUGGUCAUUCAAUUAAAUGUGAGCUUAAACAAUGGUUGUAUUACUCAAAAAACAUGAAUGCGGAAUACUUAUAUAUUUUAUAAGGCUUCUCCCUAUUUUUUGUUAAUUUGUAGUCCUGCAAUUUGUGAUAUUUUGUCCUAAGUUAUGUGCCACAGGUUAUGUAUAGUAUUCAAGGUUUAAAGCAUUGUAAAUAUUAAAUUUCAUGCUGUGACCAAUUUAUUUUGUGAUAUUUUUGUUAUUUGAAUGCUAAAAAUAAUCUUGAGGCUGUAAGAAUUCUUUUGGUUUCUUAGCUCAACUGUGUUUAACUUCGAGCUUUUUUAGCACGGAACUAGUGCAACUGUUGGUUUCUUUGUCAGUUUAUCGUGACUUCAAUUACGCAUGGACACACAUUAACACAUUGAUUGCCAUGGCAAUUUUCAGAAAUCUGGCCUAAAAUGUCAAUUUGAUUUAAUCACAUAAUAUUAUUAAAAACUAUAAUUCUAGUACAUCAAAAAGCAUAGAAAAUGAAACCACCUACUGAAAAUAAAAAGUGUCCAACAAAACAUUGUUGUAUAUGUACCCAAGCAAAAAAAUGCCGGAAAACACGUUAUUUCUUUCCAGCAUGUGGAAGAUUGUUUUAAGAAGUUCCACAAACAAUAACAUAUUAUUUUAUUUCUUGAAUUGGAAUUUUUAUAAUUAUAUUUUUUGUUCAUUUUUUAAUAAUUUUCCUUUUUGUGCAAGCCAGCAUUGAUUAUUUGUUCUUUUCCCAGAAGCUAUCUAUCUAUUUAUAUUAGCACUGAUAUAUUCCGAGUUUAAUCGUAGCUGCAGAAAAAUGGCAAGUAAACAAGUAUAAGAUAACUUGUAGUUGGGUCCUCGAAAAGAACGCAAUCUAAGAGUUAUUUUGUAGUUGGCAGUCAAUGUGUUAACAGCAAUUUUUGAAGUGUUGAUGUUUUUUUAAUUUUUUUUUUGCUAGUUAAAUGAUAUUAUCACAAUGUUUUAACUAAAUUUAAUCAUAAUUCGUAUAAUUUUUUUAUGGAAAAAAAAACAAAAAAAAAAGAAAAAAUCAAGUUACCAUAAAAUGUUUUGUUGUUUGAUCAACAUCAUAUUUUUCAAGAUAUAUUUUUCCAUCUUGAAUCCUAAAGAAAAAAUGCUUAGCUUAUUGCAGAUUGAAGGCAUACAACUGAGUUAUCAGUUACAGUGAGAGUGCUACACGUAUAGAUUUCAUAAUAUUCUGGAGUGGAGGAGAAAGCAUUUUCUCUUGCUGAUUGGUUUCAGACAUAAAUUAUGUUUUAUUUUAACUGGAAAAAGACAAUAAGUAAUGUCAAUAUUACUAGUGUGCUGAAGUGUAAUUUUGUUGGUAAAUCUACCAUUCGAUUCAACUUCUUUAUGUUUCUAUAAUAAAAGAGUUAUUCUUAGGAAUAAAAAACACUUUAUAAAAAACUGUUCUAGUUUAUACCAUGGCUUGACAAGUUCUCUAAUAAUCUAGAGUUUGCCAAAAAAAGUUAAGAGUCUCUUUUUUUGCAUAACUUCAACAUUACACUUUUAAUUUCUAGUUGAUGCAUCAUUUUAAAAAAUAUUAUUAUUAAUUUAAAAAUUGAGGAUUUAGAACAAAGAAAUUGAAGCAAUUUGUUCUUGAAAUAAUUAAAUUAUAGCACACUUCAUAAAUAAUACAAUUGUGGAAAAAGAUGAUGCAGUUAAAAAUCACAUUAUUCCAUUUGUAACUAAUACUGAGAAUCACAGGUAUGUGAAAAACUUAUUCAUGUGUAUGUUAAAGUUAUAUCUAUAGCUACAAACAAUCAUCAGCAAUUGUCUGCCUCAAAAAAGAUUAUGGUUAUUCCAUGAAAGACGUCACAUGACGAUCCUCAAAGUGAAAUGUCUAGGAUUGGAAAACAUUUUACUCUCAAAUUUUUAGGUGAGAAAAUAUGUGGCGGGGUACAUGGCAUUAGGUAUUUGUCAACCCUGGGGUUUAAGCCAAAUGGUUUAUUUAGAGAAAAAAGAGUUUUCAGAAACUUUUUUAAGUUCUGCCUCUUUUAAAAAAUAUUGUUCCAACCAAUUUGUACUUGGCAAUGCUAUUCAAUUUAAGUCAAUGCACAAAUCUUAGUCAAAUAAAAUUUUCACUAGUACAUGAUUAACACAAAAACCAACAUUUGCAAAUGACUAUUUUUAAAAGCAUUUUGAGUGAAAACAAUCCAGUUAAUUUUAGGUUAAGCCAAGAUGAAUGAUGACAGAGAUUUCAAAUCUAAGAUACUCAAGUUCAAGAAAAACAGGGUUCAAGACAAUCUUGCUAUAUUGUUUUAUCAUAGUUGAUACAAUAUCCAUUUAGCAUAAUCUUUUUGAACUGUUUCAGAAACUCAUUUUAAUUGAUAGCUUCAGCCACAGGUAAUAAUAGCAUUGUUGAAGGCCAUGGAUUAAACCAGGGCUGUCCAACUGGCGGCCCGCCAACUUCUUAUUCAGCACAUUUCUUUUUUCAACAUUUUAUGGUAUCAAAAAGCAUCCAAGACUGAUUCUUGGUCAAGCUGGGGUCUCCAAAAUUUCCUCUUGAUCGCUCUUUUACUUUUUUCAUUGUAUUGGGAGCAAAAGGUACAGGACAUCUACAGGUCAAGCAGUUCUACCCUGCACGCUGGUGUUCAAACAAAUUCAUAGAAAUCGUAUUGCUUUGUGUUGGCGGGGAAAGACGGGGGGGGGGGGGGGGGGGGGGGGGGGGAGAAACAUUUCAGAUAAGCAAAACCUACCUGCAAUUGCUUAAAAAUAAAGACCCCCCUCAGACUCAACACCGUUUGUUCAUUUUGAAAAAGAAAGUGAGAAUUUACUCUCGUCACUUCCACCUCGUUUGGGAGCAUAUAUUUAUGCAAAAGUGCUUUUUUGGUGAUGAACUCGUCAUAGGAGCUCUCUCUUCGACAGUUCAUUGAUAGACCACCUUCUGCUGGCAAAGACAAACAUCAUGUUGACACUCCUGCCCUUGUAUAAAAGGCAGAUCGGCCUCAGUUUUCCCAUCAAAUUUUAACCAAAUUGUUUUAUAAUCCUUCUGUUUCAUUGUUUUAUAAUUAAUAAUUCAACUAUUAAUUGUUAUUGUGUAAGAGGUUAUUGUUCAACUUUUUGAAACUGCGGCCCGCCAGGUGAUCAGUGACAGGAAUUCUGGCCCGUGGGCUCUUUGCAGUUGGACAGCCCUGGAUUGAACCAAGUCUUUUAUUUUUCAAUAUGGCAUUAAGGUUCAGAACUGCUGAUGAUUUUCGAGUGCAAUAAUAAAUUAGAGAGAAAUGAGACAUUUUUUGUAUUUUCUCUUAAAUUAAAUAAAUAAAACUGCUGGACAUGUCUGAAUGUGCAUUUUGUAGAGAUGCUUUUUGUUGUACUUGCCAGGGUCAAGUUUAAUUCCCUGUCGUAAUUCCUUCAAGGGAUAGAAACUACACCUUUUUGCAGUCAGUGAUCAAAUGGUACAAAUAACUGACCAAUAAAGUAUGACUACAGGGUCACAAUUAAUUAGUAUGGUCACUAAACCUGACAAUUCAUGCAGUUUCUUACACUGCAGGCUAUUGAAUGUAUAAAAGCUUAAUACGUUAGUAAUAUGUUUUUAAAUAAAAUUUAUCGUAAGUUUAUUUUCUUUGCAAAAAAAAAAUUGAAUACAUGAGGAAAUUACAGAAAAAAUGUUUAAUUGCCGAAAUGAAUGAAUUUUUUCAAUUAAAAUGCUAUAUAUAUUAAAUUAAUUCAUUUGGUCUUCAAGCGGCUUCAUCCAAUUUGGGAAUGAAAGUUUUGUUUCUACAGUCCCAUAACUUUUGGAUUCAAAGAGUUAUAUUGCCAAAUCUCAAGGCAUUCUGCAAGAUUGCCCACCCCUGCCUUCAAAUGUCAGCGAAUUCCCAUUAAAAAAUAAAACCCUCUAAAAUUACCCCUCUUCCACAUUGUGGGUCUGCCAUCAAGUGAAUAUUCAGCCAAAGUAGUUUAGGUUUUAAUGGUGUAUGAUUAUUAUUAUUGCCAUUUUUGAUCAAAACUCAAAAAAUAUGAAUUAGUCCGUUAUAGCACUUCAGUGCUCAUUUGCAACAAAAAUAUGAAAGAUGGGCUGAAAAUUUGAUCCCCAUCAAUUCUUGGUCCAUUGACCUGAUAAUUUCCCUGGAAUUUAUGUUGCACAAUUAAUGAUUUUUUAAACCUAAGCUAAGGGUUUCGGUCCUUUUCUCUGGUUUUGUGCUCAACAAAUUUGAUAUAUCCAGGUAUUUCCUAUAUAGAAUGACAUACAAUUACAGUGACAUAUGAAAUUAAUACGAAAAGAAGCUAAAAUGAAAUAAGAGGAUGGUGCUGAUGGGUUUUAUAUGUGUAUGUUUGUAUCAUCAAUGUCAGUAAGAACAUAUUGAAGGGUAUGAAUGAAAGAAAAAGUGCCAUUAUAUUUGCAUUCCAUGUUCAGUUAAUAGUAAUCUGCUGUGCCUUAUAAGUACUUUUGAUGUUUAGUCUCGUCAAGUAGUGCUUUUCAAGACAAAGUCAGUGUACUUGAUGUAUUUUUCGUUUAGCAGAAGAAGCUCCACCUUUGUCACGUUGUAUCCGACUAUUCUAUUUCGUUUUUGGAAGAAGGUUUAUGAUCAUAGCAUUUUUCUAUAAAAGUAACAAUUCUUAAAAUUUAAGAAUAACGAAAAUAACAGCAGACAAGUGAAGCAGGGUAAUGUAGAGGACCUUAAGACUUCCUUGCACAUUUAAAUGAACUCCAAAGUUAAAGUUGUCUCAUUUACAAGCAUGGGAAUGUAUUCACCCAUCACCCCGGUGCUAAACUGAACUCUGCAUUCGAGAAGGCGGGACGAAAAGUGCCAUUUCAUUAUGAACGAAUAAUAUAUAUAAAAGUACAUUUUGAUGCAAUUACAAAAAUUAUCUUUUGACUGAUAAAAGAGAUAAUUUUCUGCUCUUUUGCAAUUACAAAAUGAGAUGUAGUUUUUGCUGGAGCAAGAUAAUUUGGUAGGAUUUUAUUUAUAUAUAACAGGAAGUACUUAACAAAGCUGUAGCGUUGAUGGGAAGCUGUACCAAAAUCUGCAAAAAGAAAAGCUUAUAAAUUGAAAACGAGAAUACUAUUUAAAGGUAGUAAAUAAUUGAAAUCCUAUUUCCAGACUUCUGAAAUGAAAGGAGACUGAUAGGCUUGAAAAGCACUGCUAGGUGCGCCUCAUAAUUAGCUUCUUUUUGUGUAACUGAAAUUCUGUUUUGGUUGCUUUGUUUGUUUUAUCUACAUAAAAUGAACUGGAUACUGUACAUUACAUCAUUGUACAAAAUAAAUGUAUGUUCAUGAUC